AUGUGGAGCGUUAAGCCUAUUCUGCUGCUGACUCUUAUGACCGUGGCUGUUCUGGCGGAUGACAAGGAGUGUGAAGUGUGUAUCAAGGUUGUGGAUGAAAUAAAGUCGACGUAUGGUCAAUCAUUGGAGAAAAGUCCCAAAGGAAAUUCGCAGUCACUUGCUGAAAAAGCUGUAACGACGCAUUGUGGAAAAAAACUCAGUUCUAAGGAUAAUAAACUGUGUUAUAACUUGGAGCCAUUAAAGAAGGAUGUUGCUCGUCAAGUAGCAUUUAAGAAGGAUUCGAUGAAGAUAUGCAAGUUAUUGGAGAAGAAGAAUCCUGAUUUUUGCUCCAUGCGAUACCCUGUUAAGACGGACGCAAACACAGACUAUUCUAAAAUGCGUGUGAAGCAGCUACGUAAGAUUCUUGGUGAACGCGGCGUUGAAUGCGUAGGAUGCGUGGAAAAGAGCGACUUUAUUGCUAAGAUUAAGGAAACUGAGUCGUUGCACUCGGAGCUGUAG